UCGACGAUUGGGUAUCGAACAGUCUGUGGUUCAGUGUAAACCCGGUUCACUGGACCAUGAAGGGCUGACUGCAUGAACCCUUCACAGUCCUACGAACCAUGAGUGGGGUUUCGUGGGAGAUUUCAGAGGACAUGGAUGGACAAGUUGUACAGACUAUUGGUGGUGAGGAGAGGACCUCUUAUUCUGUGGGAAUAUCAGAUUUGUCUGAUGAAAUCCUGCUCUGCAUCCUCCGUCAUGUUCCAGUGUGUGACCUGCUGCUAAACGUGGCAAACGUCUGCCAAAAGUUACGCAUGCUUUGCUACGACAAGACCCUACUCACUCAAGUCAGCCUUUCUGAGGAUUAUAUGGCUGAUGAUUUCAUGGUGGUGCAUGCAAUAGAGAAGCUGGCCAGUCAUGUGCAGUCUCUGAGCUUGAAUGGCUGUUACUGGCUCUCUGGCUCUGUCCUGAAGUAUCUCACCUGCUGCAGAGCGGUGACGCAUCUCGAUGUCACCGGUUGUCGCCUCACAUCCCUUCGCCUCUCACGCCUCCUGUCCUCGCUCACUCUGCUCCAGUCACUUGCUUUUGAUGUGGUGUCGACCUUCAAUGCUGCUCAGCUCAGUUCAGAGGCGGUGGACACGCUGAGCCGCUUGUCCGAGCUCAGACAGACCCUGUUGACACCUAGUUAUGGUGUGGUACCGUGUUGCGCCAAGCUUCGGAAAUUGAUGCUGCAGUUUGACAUCUCAGAUGUAACCAGAGAGGGUGUUGGUGUUUGCUGUCAGUUAAUGGUGGGUCAGAGCAGUGUGCCUCACUACCAACAGCUGGAGGAGUUCACUGCCAGACUGGCCCCAGGAGAGGUAAACCAGACCUUGCUUCUUCUUUACCUCGCAGUCUUCAGUGUUCAUGUUCCAGACCGUCUCCGAGUUUUCCUCGUGUCAAUUCCUGGUCCAAAUCCAGCUCACUGGCCUGCUGCGAAGCCCCUGGCCCAGAGUCUAGGUCAGCGGGGGGACCUGGAGGCCAUGCAGCUUCCCCGGUCUUGGCUGGAUUCCUUUUCUCUAAAGCGAGCCCUAGAAGGAAACAGCCCCAAGCACCUGAGCUUCAGCCGAUGCCCGGCUUUAUGGCCUCAAGUGUUCCAGUCUCUGCUGGAGGGAGGGGUCAAAGAUGCCACACAACUGACUACUCUGAACCUCAGUGGUAUUAACCAUGUUCUUUACACAGACUGUAGGAAUGUGGAAGAUCAGCUGGUGGCAUCCACAAUGAGUCGGUUGGCAAUUGGCUGCUCCAACCUGAAGCAUCUGAACCUCAUGCACACUCACUAUCACCAUGAAAAGACUCUGGGGUUUGGAGGCGAGACUCACCUCUGUGCCAGCUUGGCCAAACUCAAAAGUUUGCGUUCGCUCACUCUGCCUGCCUGUGCUCUGUCAGAUGGCUUAAACACAAAUCAGAACUCUUCAAACAACACCUCUCCCUCGUCACUGCUCCUGGGUCUAAAGAAAUCUGCCCGUGUCGGCCUCCAGAAUUACAAGCCUGACUCAGAGCCUUCCCUGUUGGGUGACAGCACCUCAGGGCUCACUCAGCUUUUAGCUGGCUGCCCUUUUUUAGAAACCUUAGAGCUCAUUGGUCCUGGUUUUGUCUCUGUACUGCCUCGGCUUGAGCCUUGCACUCGUGCCAGCGUGGAGCCUCGUGGUAUGUGUGCUUGGGCACGAGGAGUUGGAGAUGCACAUUUGGCUGUGCUUGAAGCAUUGCCUCGAUUACGUUGUUUGACUCUGGCUGGGCUUCCUGGGGUUCUUAGGGGGACCGGGCUGGUACAACUGGCCAAACAAUGCAAGGACCUGCAGGUUUUAUCUCUGGCCAACAUUGGAUCAUUAAAAACCAUGAACUACACCCCUAUGUUGCUGGACACGCUUAAACACUGCACACAGCUACAGGAACUCAGGUUAGAACAGCCCUACCUAAAUGCCAAUGCGUCAUUCUUCGAGGCUCUGUCUUUCUGCACUUGUCUGCAGCGUGUCUGCCUUAUCUCACGUAGCGGCACCUUUGACCCAUCAGCCACAGAAACCUUCAUGGAGCGAUGCUACCACGUCAUGAUGUGUCAUAUGUUCAUGGGAGGCACUUUGGUGGCCUGUCGCACUCUGCAGAAAACACUAAUGGAGAGGUUUUCAGGGGAGCGCUCGGCCCUCAGUGUGGUCAUCUAUCCUUUACAACACGAGGACCUGCCUUCAGUCAUCAGAGACAUCCCACUAACGCUGCUGGAUCGAAUCACUUUGUUUCAGAGCCACGUAGCUCAACCACCUCAUUUAUCACCUUUGUGACUUCAGAAAGUGUUUGUGUGAGUGGUGCUCAUCGACAGCUGAGGUGCUUUUUUUUCUGCAGGAAAUAAAGUUUACAUUUUAAAGACAGACUGACUGUGAUCUUGUGAUCUCUGAUUGUAUGAACAUCACUUUGUUUCAAACAACAGUACAUGAAUAAUGUUUGUUUUGCAUCACAUUGUGUCAAUUUUCAAAGGGAAAUUCGCUUAAUAUCACCUCAGCAGAAAGGUGAAAGAUCAGGGCCUGUUUUACAAUCAUAUCUUACGCGUGGUUUCUCAAGUAAAAGGUUAUUUGCGUUACUCUGUCGUGCAGCCAUUUUGAGUAAGUGCCAAAAGAUCGAUCAUGGGAUGUAUUUGUCCGAAAACAUUGUACCAUGGGUCUGAAUCAAAUACUGUUGUAAUAAAGUCCAUAUGAAUUAUUUUUAA